AUCUCAUUCAUUUUGCAUUGUGCCUUUCAGCGCAACGGACGUGCGGUGUCAAGACAACGCUUAGAAAUUAACUGAAAAAUAAUAAUAUAGAAAUUAUAACAAAACGUCACUGCGAUAAUUCUGAUGACUUUGAUUUUGGAUAAUGUGCAAACAUAAACGCUAAAUAUAUAUAUAUAUACUAUAUUCUUUUUGCCUAUUUGACAUUUAUUUUUUUAUUGUUUGCUUUUUGACUUUCGCCGUCUUUGGCAAUCUUUUUGUGUGGUGCGUUCGCGUGCAGUGUUAAUUAAUUGGUCGAUACAACGUUCAAGAGGACGAAGAAGACGAACAACAACAUCAAUCAGCAAAACCAUAAAGUGCGUAAAAAGCUUGGCAAGUGCCGCCCACAACAGAGACAAAAGAGAGCAGGAGAUAAGCAAACAAGAAUCCAAACGGUGACGCUGACGUUGCAGUGUGAGAGGGGAGCAGCGAAGCUGGCUCUGAUAGCAACAUCAAUAAGAAAACCAUGUCAACAGAUAAUCCCACACAGCUGCUAACGACGCACGAUUUGAGCCACUUGCGAGGCCAACUACAGACGGCGGCAGCAACCAGCGCCGUGGUGGCAGCAGCAGCAGCUGCUGCACACGGAUACCACAGCGUGGCAGGCACAGCGGCCGCAGCGCCGCCAACAAACGGACACGGACACGGACACGGGCACGGGCUGGGACUUGGAUUGGGACUGGGUGUGGGACACGGACACGGACACGGACACGCCCACAGCCAUAGCCAUAGUCACACGCACGGUCACGCCCACAUGAAUUCGAACUCAAAGUACCUGCUGCUGCGGCACAAUGGCGGCAGCUUUACCGCCUACGAGAAUGCCACGCAGGCGGGCAAUGCGUCAGCGUCGGCGUCAGCGGCGGCAGCAGCAGCAGCAGCAGUUGCUGCCGGCAAUAUUGUGGUGCUGGCCACGGAGCCGUUGGAGCUGAGUGCGGCGGAUGCUUUGGGCGCAGCCGGUGCGCCGGCCGAUGAUGAUGAGCUGCGUCCUUUGUCCUGGCUGAAUGAGAGCAAUCUGAUCAAAGGUAUUGGGACCACACCGGCAACAACAACAGCAGCAGCAACAACGGCAGUGAAACGCAGUGUUGCUGCCGUGGCGCUGAAAUCGUCGCCAACAACAACAGCAACAGCGACCACAACAACAACAGCAGGAGGAGGAGGCGGAGGCGGAGUCGGAGGUGGUGGUGCAACAGCUGCCACCGCCGAACCUUACAACAUUUGCCUAGUGAACGACAUAAUCGAGGAGCUGUCGCAUAGCGAUGCCAUCGAAUCGCAGUCACCACCCGCCGUCUACAGCACCACAACGGUGCACAAGGGACCCAGCGGCACCACCACCGUGGUGGAGUACAAAGCGGCCAGCAGCAAACCGAAUGCUACAGCAGCGGGAGCAACAGUCACAGCUGCCUUCAUGCCGCGUGUUGCUGGCAACAGCUUCAUGCCGGCAGCAACAGUUGCCGCUGUCAAGCAGCAGCAGCCGCAGAUCUUUGUUAGCAGCAAUGGCACGACUCCAACGGCUAGCUACAAGUCCAGCGGCAACACCACAACGCAUCAUCCGCACAAGAAAUAUCUGCGUGAGAAGAUGAAUGUGCAUGUGGAUCACAACAGCAACAACAACAACAACAACAAUAACAAUAGCAACAGUAACAACAACAGCAACAUCACCACUAGCACCACCGUCGUCAGCAACAACAAUAUCAGCCAUGUGGUGGCUUCAACGGUCACGGUGGUCAGCUCGCCCGCCUCCUCAAACAACUCGACGCUCAGCUCAUGCUCCGCCUCGGGCUCCUCGACGGCGGCCGUCAAUGGGGGCAACAGUCCAGUGCCGAAGUCGAACAGCUUCAAUGCAGUAUUCGAUGCCGUCAACUACUCAGCGCCCAAUAGCAGCAGCAGCAACAGCAGCAGCCACAACAACAACAACAACAACAGUAACACCACCACCACCGCCACAGCCACCGUCACCAACAACAGCACCAGCAAUAGCAACAACACCAGCGAACAACAACAACAACACACAACACCACCAACGGUGGUUAGCACCACAAAGUUGCCGCCCGGCUACAGUUUUGUUACCGCUCCACAUGUUAUCUCACAACAACCCGCCAAUAUUUCCUCACCGGAGACGCCGCCAGGUGCGGCUCUGUUGCCACCUGGCACCUACUACAGUGCGGUGCAGCCGCGCACGGGUGUGUUGCAGUUGUCGGUGACGCCACCGCCGCCAUCGAUGACGCCGACGGCGGUGCACAAUGGUUCUGGUUCCGGGCCCGGUUCCGGUUCCGUUUCGGCUGGUUCCGCUUCCGGCAUUGCCAAUCUGCGCAGCCCCAACAGCUAUGCCAGCUACGAGAACGAGGACUCGCUCAAGGAGUUCGACAUCAGCCUGGGCAGCGGGGCGCGCAUCCACACGAGCACGCCCCAAUAUCAAUCAAUGUCCAAAAAUAACAAUAAUAAUAACAAUAACAAUAGCAACAACAACAACAACACUUCAUCCGCAUAUGGCAGCUCUGGUCCUGGCAACAACAACAACAACAACAACAAUAGCAACAGCAACACACCCCAAAAACAAAAGCAUCCCAACAACGUGCCAUAUGAUCCGUACGUGCAUACCAACAAUAAGCCGCCAUAUAGUUUUAGUUCCUUGAUCUUUAUGGCCAUUGAGGACUCGAAUGAGAAAGCUCUGCCCGUUAAAGAGAUUUAUGCGUGGAUCGUGCAGCAUUUUCCCUACUUCAAGUCAGCGCCGAAUGGCUGGAAGAACAGCGUCCGUCACAAUCUCUCGCUGAACAAGAGUUUCGUCAAGGUGGAGAAGGCGCCCAAUAUGGGCAAGGGCUCGCUGUGGCGCGUCGAGCCCCAGCAGCGACCAAAUCUCAUGCAGGCGCUCAAUCGUUCGCCCUACUUCCCCAACUCGGCCGUCGACAAGAUAAGUCCAAUGCUCAAGAGUCCCAAUGCGGGCAAUGCUGGCAUUGGCAAUGGCAACGGUAACGGUAACGGUAAUGGUAACGGCGCUGGCAAUGGCGCUGGCAGCAUUGCUAACUACGAUAGCUUGGAUGGCACUGCGAGUGGACCAGCGGCGUCUGCUACGCCCGCCAAGAACGGCAUUGUCGGCCAUGCUGUCACGUCGAAUGGGGGCGCGGCUGGGACGCCUACUACAACGGGCGGCGGCAAUCAUCCUCGCUUCGAUCCGAAACUCUUUCCCAAUCUGUCCAAGGCAUUUCGCAAUAUCGAGGAGCCGCAGUAUAUGCCGGCCGAUGCUGUGGAAGAGGAGCUACCGGGCGACUAUGUGUCCAAUAGCAGCAGCAACAACAACAACAACAAUAAUAAUAACAACAACAACAACAACAAGUACAACUAUGCGAAUGGAACUGGUAAUGUGACAGUGGCAGCAACGGCUGGACCUGGAGCUGGAGCUGCAGCUGGAGCUGGUACCGUUUGUGCCUUAAACUUCGAGCGGCUGGCACGGGAUUGCGGCGCCGAUAGCAUCGAUGAUGUCCAUGCAGCAGCGGCGAUGCUGUUCCUUAAGCACGGCUCGAAGGCCUUUCUCGAAAGCUUUCAGAACGGCGCUCCAGUGAUAACUAGUUCUCCCAGCGAGGAUCACACCUAUUCGGCGGGCGGCAACAGCAAUGCGGAUAGCGGCGCUUCCACGCCCUUGAUCAAUGGCACUGGCAAUGGCCCAAAUGCACAGCAGACGCAGCCGAGUGUUGGCCAUGGCGGCGACAGCAAUUGCGCCAGCUCUGAUGCGGCCUACGACAGCAGCGAGGAGAAUCAUAAUAUCACGCCCGAGGAGCUGGCCGAUCAGCAGCGUCAUCGUGACGGCGUGGACGCUCUGCUCUCGCUGUCGCGCUCUUCGAUAGUGGAAUGCGGCUCGUCGACGACCACAAGCCACUAUCACAGCAACGGCAGCAGCGGCAGCAGCCACGGCUCGCCGCACAAACGUGCCUCCAGCCGCAGCAUCGAGGAGGAGAAAUGGCAGCAUCUCGACCUGCAAUAUCAUCAUCAGCAGCAGCAGCCGCAUACCAAUGCCGUCUACACGAAUGGCAGCGGCAGCAAAAUGGCAUUGCUUAGCAGCGCUGCGGCCAAUGUGGCUGCUGCCGGCGCACUUGCUCAACAACAGCAGCAGCAGCAGCAGCAACAGCAGCAACAACAACAACAGCAGCAACUACAGCAGCAGCAGCAGCAGCAGCGGCCCCUUUACGAUGAGCUGUACAGUGCAAACGUGGUGACGGGCAGCAAUGCGUCCUCCAAUUUGUAUUGGAGCGGCGGAGGUGCUGCGCCUGGGAAUGGGCCAUCGAUGCUAUCGAUAAGCGCCGCCAUGGUCAACACCGUGCCAGCCAAGAGCAAAGCCAAGCCGUUGCGUGGUGUGCGCACCAAGAGCAAGCGAAAGUCCAACUGGAUGCGGUGAAUAUGGCGCAAAGCUGGCGGCAGACACUAGGGGCAUCUAUGUAUAUGCACAUAUAUAUAUAGCUCUGUUCUCUCUCUCUGUCUGCUGAACUGGCACACAAAUACCACACACACACACAAACACAAACACACAAAGUACCCUCACCAUGCUGCUCGCACCAUUUGUUGUCUCUUUCUAAAGCGAUUUCUGUACAAUGCGUAGCAUUUAGUCAAAUAUUUUCAUGGUUCCAAUCCAAUUUAAACUAUAAUAUUUACCCAUUCUCUGUGUUUAUUAUUAUUAUUUUUAUUAUUAUUAUAUAUAUUUUUUUUUGUUAUUGAUGAGACAUUUUUUCUUGAUUAUUAAUACACACAUAUACACAUUUGUGUAUUAUUUAAUAUAAUUUUUAUUAUUUUUUUAAAAGCAAAAUCCCUUGUUUUUAGUAGCUUAAUUUUAGAUGUUAAUUUUUUUUUUUUUUUUUUAUUAUAUUCGACUUGAUUGUUGGCCAUUAUAUAAUAUUUUAAUAGUUGCAAUUUUCUUUGUUAGCUUUUAAUUUACGACUUGUGCAUAUAUACAGACAUAUAUAUAGCUAUAUUAUAUAUCUAUAUAAAUU